GUCCCUGGGGGACACUGUCACCCUGCGCUGCCACCUGCCCCAGCUGGCUGCCCGGGUCCGGCUCUGCCAGGAAGAACGAUUCAUCUCCUGCAUGUACAAGCACCAGGUACAGAACACGGCUGAGUUCUCCUUUGUUAGCACAAGUAAGGAACAUGCGGGGACUUAUCGGUGCCAGUACCAGGUGUCAGAAGAAUGGGGGGCAUGGCAGAAGACUGACCCCGUGGAGCUGGUUGUGACAGAUUCCGACUUACCCCCACCUGCCGUUUCCCUGCGCCAGGAGGGAUGUGUGGAGAUGGGGACCAACGUCACCCUCUGUGUGGAGACAAGGACCAAUGUCACCAUCCAGUGCAGGAACAAG